GUAAUUAGCCGAUAAGCUAAAUAUGGUGGCAAUUGCCAUUGGAUUCGUCUCAUGUAAAACACGGGUUUUUUUUUCCAAUUGUAGGGUCCGUGAAUUUAGUGUGUAAACUGUUAUUAACGUGUUGCAGAAGAAAACCUCAUUAACUUUCCGUAGAGACCAUUCAUGGGCUUAGAAUUUGCACCUGUCAAUGCCAUUAUUAUCCACUUACUAUCCAUGAAUAGGGAUUUAAGUUGUUGCAGACAACGAAGACAAAGUUGAAGUGAGAUGUUAGAGGAAAGAAUACUGGACUUGCAGAAUGUGAAAUUGUGAGCCAUGGCUCCUUUGGAAAGCGAAUUCUCUCGCAUAGAACUGCCUCAAAUAUUUGAUGCCGUAACCAUUCAGUGGCUUCCUUAGCUUGAGACAUUUUGUGCUUGGUGUUCUACUAUUUGUUGUUGGGACACAAAAUUCCCACUAUUACUAGAGCCACAUUUGUUUCCUUUCUAAGAUUUUUAUCUCCUUUGCAAAGAUAUAUAUAGCCUUUGCAGCGUUUUCCUUGGGAUCACUUUUGCGAUCAGUCACAUGCACUGCGACUGCAAUUACUUGAGAAUCUGAGAUGCACUAUCCCUGAAUGUUACAUGUCCGCAAUAUGUGGAAGCAUUGAUAAGGAACAUGAACUGUUUGACAAAAUGUCUGUGCGAUUUUAUGGAAUGUCAUGAUUGUGGGAUAUGCACAAAACGGGCUUGGUGAAAAGGCUAAAGAAACGUUCAACCAAACGCCAUUGGCAGGUGUAAAGCCAAAUUCCACAACCUUUCCCACCAUCCUUUAUGUCUAUGCCAGAAUGGGAGCUUUAGAACAUGGUAUGGACAUCCAUAAAAACAUAAAGGAAAUAGAAAUAAUGUUAGAUGUUGUAGUUGCGACUGCUCGGGUAGACAUGUAUGGAAAAUGUGGAAGCAAUGACAAGGCAACUGAACUAUUCCAUAGGAUGCCUCAAAGAAAUGGUACGGACAUCCAUAAAAACAUAAAGGAAAUAGAAAUAAUGUUAGAUGUUGUAGUUGCAACUGCUUGGGUAGACAUGUAUGGAAAAUGUGGAAGCAAUGACAAGGCAACUGAACUAUUCCAAAGAAUGCCUCAAAGAAAUGUGGUCACAUGGAAUGCAAUGAUUGUAGGAUACACACAGAAUGGAUCUGAAAUGGCUUUAGAAACUGUCAAGCAAAUACAAUUGGCAGAUGUGAGAUCAAGUUCUACAACCUUUGCCAGCAUCAUUCCUACCUAUGUAGAAUGGGAGCUUUGGAACAGGGUAUGGACUUCCACCAAAGCAUAAAGGAUAGAAAAAUAUUCUUAGAUGUUGUAGCUGCAACUACGUUUGUAGACGUUUUAUGCAAAAUCUGGAAGCAUAGACCAAGCAUGUAAAAAGUUUGACAUAAUGCCUCAAAGAAGUGUGAUCUCAUGGAACGCCUUGAUUGCAGGAUAUGCUCAAUCUAGAUUUGUGAAUGUAAUGAUAUCUUAGACAUUUAUGAUUUUAUCAUAUAAAGAUGAAAAAUAAGUUAGGAUAUUGGAAAUCUAUGUCUUGUUAUCGGAACAUUUCUAAGCAUGGUUACCAUGAAACUCCAGACCAUGUUCCUAUUCACACACUAACAAUAUUUUGUGAUUACAUUUAUAUAUAUUAUAGAUGUAUCCUUACUCAUUUAAUCACAUAUCCUUUUUAUUAAAUCAUGUAUUCU